UGUCUUCUUCGUUAACCUUGUACAUCUUUUUAUAAACCCUCGGAUUUUGCUCUUCAUUCAUUCAUUUAUUCAUUCACAACCAAAAAUAAUGAAAAGAUCAUUAUCCCCUAUUCAUUUUCACAACCAAAAACCAAUGAUCAAAAAACUCAAGUCCUUUCAUGACAAGAAUAAUCAUUCUUGUUCAUCCGUCACAACAGAAACAGCUGGACUGACAGCUGUUCUGACGGAUGAAAACCUCUUGUACGAGGUUUUGAAACAUGUAGAUGCAAAAACAUUAGGUACAGCCGCUUGCGUGAGCCGUCAGUGGCAUCAGACGGCUCAAGACGAGCGGCUGUGGGAGAUGAUCUGUACACAACAUUCCUUGAAUCUCGGAUGUGGAAUUAACCAACUACGUUUGGUGGUCCUUGCACUUGGCGGGUUUCGAUGUUUACAUUCUAAAUAUCUAUUGCCAUUGUCUAAACCUUUGAUUUCCAAAGGGACAACAUCCUCGUCUUCAACCGUUGUUGCUGCAACAUCGACUUCGGCCUGGCCGUGUUUGCCUUCAACCCCUCGUGCGGUUGUUAAGGCUAACACGGCCAGUUCGGUUAAAACUCGUUGGGGGAAAGAUGAGAUCCAGCUUUCUUUAUCUCUUUUAUCAAUUCGUUACUUUGAGAAAUUAAAUCGGAACAAAUGAUGAAAUUGGUCGGAAUCAUAUUGCAAUUUUCUAAUUAAUUCGUUUGUUUUAGUUUUAAGUCGUGUUUUGUACACGACCAAAAGUGAUUUAUACAAACAUUUGUUAUUCAAAACGACUUUACCUUUGUUUUUUAAAAGCCAAGGUAAAGGUAUCGAAUAACAAAUGUUGGUUGUUUACAAAUCAUUUUUUGUCGUGUACAAAUCACCUUGUUUUAUUAUUCUAAAAGUCUUUGAAUGUAUUCGGAAGCUCCUUGUGCUCGGUAUGGUUGUGCUACCAUGUUCUAGUAUUGGAAAUGAGAUGCAUUAUAAUCUAAUUAAAAAGUUAUCAAUUUUUGGUUA